AUGUUCGGGGCCGAGCGCUUUCAGCAGUACCUGUGGGGCAGAGAAUUUGAGGCGGUCACGGAACACAAGCCACUGCUGGGUCUGCUGGGGCCGGACAAGGCGGUUCCCGUGCAGGCAUCGCCUCGAGUGAUACGCUGGGCCUUGAGGCUUGCGGCCUACAGCUACCGGCUGGUCUACCGUCAGGAAAAGGACCUGGGACCUGCAGAUGCCCUUAGCCGUCUGCCCCUGCCGGAGGUGCCAGCUGCUGCUCCAGAGCCUGCUGAACUGUUCAUGCUGGAACACGCGUACCCGGAGGUACUCUCCAGAUCUGCGGUGUCACAGGCGACCAGCCGGGACCCAGUCCUGUCCCAGGUGGUCAAGGCGGUGUCCCGAGGGCAGGAGUUGGUGCAGCAGGCUUACAGCCACAAGGCUGCCGAGCUGGGCCUGCAGCAGGGCUGCCUACUGUGGGGUUCCAGGGUGGUGAUCCCACAAAGUCUCCGGUGCAGGGUCCUGCAGUUGCUGCAUGUGGGUCAUCCUGGUGUAUAA